AGGAACAUUUUAAAGUUAUAGUCGGGGGAAACUUGAUUGAAAUCAUUUUUAAAAAAGACUCAUUCAAUAUGCAGGCUAUCAUUGGAUCAAGUGUCCCAGUGCUAUGUUCGAAGUGGUCAAAACAUUUUCAAAAAGCAUGUCCAGCACUUGUGCAACUCUGUCGCCACAUGGGCACAAAAUCGGAGCGAAAACGGUUGGUGAUUCUUGGAACUGGAUGGGGGAGCUACAGCGUACUGAAAAGCAUCGAUAAGACAAAGUUUGACGUGAUUGUCGUUUCUCCAAGGAACCACUUCCUCUUCACGCCCCUUCUGUGCAGCACUACUGUUGGGACCCUUGAAUUCAGGUCAAUCAUAGAACCUGUCCGAGAAACCAGAUUCCGUCAUUCAGACCACUUUCAUUUGGCGUACGCCCGAGGUUUGAACAUCGGGGAGAAAACGCUAGAUUGCCAGAGUACAAUACGUGAUGAUGUCACCUUCAAGCUGCCCUAUGAUAAACUAGUCAUAGGAGUCGGUGCACUGAGUAACACUUUUGGUGUCCCUGGAGUAGAGGAACAUGCUUGUUUCUUGAAGGAACUUUCCGAUGCACGUAGAAUCCGGGACAAGAUUCUGAGUAAUUUUGAACUGUCCGUCUCUCCGGGAAUAACAGAGGAAGAAAGUCGACGUCUUCUGCAAACUGUGAUUGUUGGCGGGGGUCCCACAGGUGUGGAAUUUGGAGCAGAGCUAUAUGAUUUCGUAAAAGAGGAUGUGACUAAACUCUAUCCCAAGAUGAGCGAGAAUGUCCAUGUCACCUUGGUCGAGUCGAAUACGAUACUUGGUAACUUCGAUCAACGCCUACAAGCAUAUGCUGAGAAGAAGAUUCGUGCCAGGAAAAGGUUUCACUUGGUGAAGUCAUCUGUUUCUGCGGUAAACUCUAAUCAUGUUGUGCUCAAGGAUGGUACUGUGUUACCGUGUGGCCUUGUUGUAUGGAGUACUGGCCUUGCCCCAAGACCCUUCACCAAGAAGCUUGAUAUGCCCAAGAAUGAUGCAGGACAGUUGCUGACAGAUAAUCGACUGUGUGUUGUUGGAGACCCAUCUGGGGACGUCUUUGCGAUUGGCGAUUGUGCAGAUAUUGAAGGUUUCAACUUGCCCUGCACCGCCCAUGUUGCUGAAAGACAGGGUCGGUUUCUUGCCAACCAGCUCAGUAAAAACACCGAUGAACCUUUUGUGUAUAAAAGUUUGGGCAUGAUGGCCUAUAUCGGUGGCUACAGUGCACUUACUGAGGUGCCGAAGGUCAAAUUGAGAGGUUUCCACUCUUGGCUGUUGUGGCGUUCUGCCUACCUGACCCGCUUGGGUAGCUGGCGGUUGAGGAUGCAGGUCCCGAUAGACUGGCUCAAGACCUUACUGUACGGCAGGGAUGUAUCAAAGUUUUAAACGAAAUUAAAGAGGUUCGGAUUUCGAUCUGAGUAUGAGGUGGUAUUUUGAGGCGGAUAUUUCUUUGCCUGUUGUGAGAAGUGCAAUGAAACAUAUCAUCUUUAAUGUCUGGUUUGCUGAGAAACAAUCAUACGGAACAAUCAACUUGACUUAAUGACGUCAACCAGAGCGAAAAAAUCACCUCAUUCUUGCUCUUGUUCUCAGAUCAUAAUCUAAACCUUUCUUAUUGUCAGUCAGGUUUUUGAAAAGUUUGGUGCUUUAUAAUGUCAGGGAUUUUUACUUAGAUUAGAAGGACUUAUUUAGGACUUUUAAAAAUUAUUUUACUAUUUGAAAAUGUUUAGAGUGUGAUAGGCGCUGGUCCGGCCUGAUCUCUUCCUCGAGGGUUUCCUGCGCAUCAUAAAACACCUCCUCAACCUCUUCUGCAUCUGCAAAAGCCUCGAUCUCUUCUGUAUCAUAACUAAGGACGUCGGGUGAAGACAUACUGACGACAACUGCAAUGAUAGAAAAUCAAGACAUUUUAAACAGGUACCGCUGGUAUAAAAGGUGGAGGCGGGCACCAGGUUGGCAAAUGGCUGGGUGGCAAAUUUGAAUUCAGAGCUCCUGUACAUUUUCACAUUUUCUUUCAAUUUUCUCAGGUUAUGUGGCAGAUUGUGACUCAGAAAUGUGAUGAUGAUGAUUAUGAAUAUCAUGAAAAUCAAAAUCCCUUGGAAGAUUAUUUCAAACUGUGUUUAAAAUAGUGGAAUUUGAUGGAAAAUUGUCUUCUAAAUGACCCAACUGAAGAAUCUUAUGCAUAUUUGCAGUGCAUAAGUAAUGCAAAUACGCAUAAAUUAUACAAAUUUAUGAGUAAUUCACUGUUAGUAAAAAAAGUGCAUUCACAUGCACAUGUCAUGCUCAAUCUGAAAUGGAAUCAAAGCUCCAUGCUUUGCUUAUUUAGAGGGCCUACCUCCCAAGCUGUCAGGUCCCUGAAGUCAGUAGUCCUAUGACAGUCCCAGUCCCAGUCUAAUGUGUAUAAUCCAUUAAAAUAAAUCCAAUAGAAUGAAAAUAAAAUCCAUCUGAAAUUGACAGUCAAAAGUCAUAAUCCAUACAUGAUUGAAAAUAAGUCCAAAUUAUAUUGUGAUAUUCCUUGCAACCAGUGAAAUAGUAACUUAUGAUAUCCAAAUCUAGUUCCACAUAUGUCCCAUGUAUGGCUUUCCACGAGGGUUAGGGUAAAGACACCUGACCAGGGUGAGAACACAGUCAGGAAUGACCUCCCUGUCACCCCUUUGCCUUGAAAUCCAAACAACCUGGUCUUGAUUCCUUUCUUGCAACAUCCUAUGUUUUUUCUGAAAGUAUCUGUGAUCAUUCCAUGCAUCACGAUCCUUCAUCAAUUUCCAAUAUCUUUUGUACAAGUCCUUCCUAAUUGUAUUGUUUCCUUUCCUGGGAGGCUGUCCUGCCCCCAGCCACCCUGGCCUCUUGGUUGCAACACAUGGUUGGCAAUAACAUAAAUUACAUUCCUCUCUCUGUGGAUCACGAGGCACGCGCAUCUGCUGCCUUUCUUCUGCAACAGGCACAGCUGGAACUUGGUUAAUGUUAACCCCUCCACCCUGUACAGUUUCUGCUGGUAAUGCUACAUUGUCAUCAAUAAUUCCAACAGGUUCAGCAGCAACCACUCUAUCAACUGUGUCUGCUUCAACUGAGUCUGAAUAACACUGUAUUCCAACAUCAUGAUGCAUAACAUCAAGUUCUUCAAUAUCCAAAUUAUUAAAAUGAAUUAUUCCCCAUAUCAACUCUUUUUGUUCAGCUGUAACCAGCAGUUGCAAUAUCUCCUUCCUUUCCAUGAUGAUAAAACUUGGUCUAACACAGCCCAAAUAAAACUAAGAAAUUCACCUCAUGAACUAGGUCUUACCAACAUGAGGGGUGAUAGGUUGGUCUGUCAUCUAUGAAGAAACCUGGCCAUAAAAACUGUCCAUCCAAAGCUCCCACAAUAUACCCCUGUAGCCGAACAGUUUUUUCUUUUUUAUAUCCCUGCCAAUUAUCCUCCUUGGUUUUCUGGAGUCCUUCACUAAUACUGUCGAAGUUACUUCCCUAUCCUGCUGUUCAUUCCAAUCUAAAACAGCCAAGUUACUAUUACUACGGAUAAUAUAUGCUGAUUUCUCAAAAACUAUCCUUUUGUCAUGAAACUGUAAUAUCGCAUUAUUGAAUGAUUCAACAAAAUGUGUGUCCUUGCAACAAAUGUACAACUCCGGUUUCUUGUAUACAGGCAUACCAUGAAGGAACUUUCUCAAGGCCUCCACUGCUUUUGGGUUGACAAUCGGUUCCUUGCUAGGUUCAUAGUCAGGAUCAGACCUGCAAGGGGACUCAGGAUGACAGUGACUGUGAU